GCCUCCUAAACUAGCAGGUUAGAGUUAUCCGCGGUGCAGCGCAAGAGCCGCCGAUCGAAGAACCCGAAUUCGGGUGAGUACAGGACACACCCGCAGGGAUGGAGAUGAAGAAGAGAAUCCACCUUGAGCUGCGGAACAGGAUCCCGGCCGAUGUGAAAGAGCUUGUCUUAGACAACUGUCGGUCAAGUGAAGGAAAAAUAGAAGGACUGACUGAUGAAUUUGAAGAACUGGAAUUUUUGAGCACAAUAAACGUCUGCCUCAGUUCUGUGGCAAAUUUACCAAAGUUAAACAAGCUAAAAAAGCUGGAGUUGAGUGACAACAACAUCUCUGGAGGACUGGAAGUGCUUGCGGAGAAAUGUCCAAACCUCACACAUCUCAACUUGAGUGGAAAUAGGAUAAAGGAUCUGAGCACACUAGAACCGCUGAAAAAGGUAGAAAAUCUGAAAAGCUUGGACCUGUUCAACUGUGAGGUCACCAAUCUUAAUGACUAUCGAGAAAAUGUCUUCAAGCUUCUCCCCCAGCUCACCUAUCUGGAUGGUUAUGACCGUAAUGAAAAAGAAGCCCCAGAUUCUGAUGCUGAGGCAUACGUAGAAGGGGAUGAGGAGGAUGAAGAUGAUGAAGAAGACUUUGACGAGGAUAUUCCACCAGGGGAGGAGGGAGAGGAAGAUGAAGAGGAGGAGGAAGAAGAAGUGAGUGGAGAGGAAGAGGAGGAUGAAGAGGCUCACAAAGAAGGGGAUGAGGAUGAAGCUGAUGAGGAUGAAGAACAAGGGCAAAAGAGAAAACGAGACCUGGAUGACGAGGGAGAGGAAGAGGAUUAAAGCCUGUGACCCAUUAAGAAAUUCUUGUUGACUGUUUUUAUCCAGAAAUUCCCUAAGCUUUCCCCCUCUGAUUGUAAUGUUUUCUGUGUGCCGGACAGACACCAUGCAAGGAGAUUCACACUUAGUAUUUUUACUGCCACUCCUGCAGGUUUUUAUAAUAAAUAUUUUAGGUUUUAUUUGUGUUUACUGAGAUUCCAAACAAACCGGCUCCCGUCGGUGUAAAUCCCAGUACUAAUGUGUUUGUUCUAUGGAAGUAGUAUAUCCCUUUGCUAGGGAUUAAAGUCUUAAGCGUGUAUUCAUUACUAACCCCCUCUCUGUCAAGAGGACUGUAAUGGUUUGUGUUGCAGACAUCUGACAUAGAAUUAUCUAAAAUAAAUUAUUGAGAGAAAGUUUCCAAUUGUUAGAAGUGAACCAAACAUAAUUUGUAUUUGUAACUAGUUUAAUAUGAAUUAGCCAGCUGUUUAUAAACUCAAUACUAUUAUAAUGUACUUGUAAAACACCGCCAUAUUCUGUAGCACUGCGUACAUACGUAAGUGGAACACUGUGCCGCUUAUUCACGGUGAUAAAAUGUUAAACUGAGACUUAACAAUACAAAUUUGCGUAGGAGGAGGAUAGCCCUGCUGCGACAAGCUUUCAAUCUAUUUGCAUUAUGGAUUUAAUUAAUAUGUCUAGUCUUCCACCCUAUCUUAUAGCUGUCAAACUCAGCUAGUAAUAUGUGAUGUUAACGGGUUUAUAUAUGAAUUCAUGUAAAGAAUUUCUAUUUAGGUGACAGUUGUGGAUUCGAUAAAGGGUUAGAGUGGGAAAAACCAUUUGCAGUAAAGAGAAUAUAUAGUUGUCUUAUUUAAAUAAAAGAAGAAUUCCUAGUGAGCAUACUGACUGCAGAUUCUGUAACAGUAUGCAGUGAUGAGGGAUAUAGUAGCAGAGGCAUGCUUGUGCUUUUUAGUAGUAAAAAAACAAACUAAAUCAAACCAUGUUUUUUGCCUGAAGAGUUUAUAAUAAAAUAAAGCUAUUUAAUCUAAAA